GCCUGUUGUUUAUGUCUGCUCCACAUUUUACUGUUGCGGAGAGCUGGAAAGUUCGCACUGUUUAUGCAGUGGUUAACAAGGUGGUUCACAAGUUUUUUUCACGACCAAGCAGAAUAUGCUUUCCAGGAAAAGUGUCAUCAGUGCGUCAAGCGGAUUCUGGAUGAAGUCCUUUGGACAUCUUGUGGUUCUCUCCUCUCUGUCUUUUUUGGCAUCUGGAUACUCUGAGAGAGAUAGAGUACAUGACUUGAUGUCCCGAUUUCCCCUUAUUGAUGGUCAUAAUGACUUAGCUCUCCAGCUGAGGAUACUUCACAACAAUCGGCUGAGCCAAGUUGACCUUUACAACUUUAGCAAAGUGUCCACCGACAUCACCCGACUCCAAGCAGGCCAUGUGCAGGCACAGAUGUUUGCAGUCUAUGUGAUGUGUGGGGCCCAGGAGAAGGAUGCUGUGAGGCUGACUCUGGAACAAAUAGAUGUGGUUAGACGUAUGUGCACUGAGUACCAGGACUUUGAACUGGUCACAUCCGCCCAGGAGCUGAGGAAUUCUGAGAUGAGGCAUAAGAUUGCCUGUCUAAUAAGUGUUGAGGGGGGCCACUCCAUUGACAGCAGCAUGCCAGCCCUGCGGAUGUUUUACCAGCUCGGGGUGCGCUCCAUGUCCCUCACGCAUACCUGCAACACACCCUGGGCAGAAUCCUCCUCAAAACGUUACAAUGUCUAUCAAAGACAGAACAACAGCCUGACACCUUUUGGGAAGGCUGUGGUCGAGGAGAUGAACCGAAUGGGAAUGAUAGUGGACCUUUCCCACACUUCAUGGGACACUGCCUCGGCCGCACUGAAGCAUUCCAAGGCGCCGGUUAUUUUUAGCCAUUCGUCGUCCUUCUCCCUGUGCAGCCAUGGACGCAACGUACCUGAUUGGCUGCUGCUUGAUCUGAAAAACAAAAGUGGGUUGAUCAUGGUGAAUAUGCACAGCAACUUCGUAUCCUGCAGCGACAAAGCAAACGUCUCUCAUGUGGCUGACCAUUUUGAUCACAUUAAGAAGGUGAUUGGAGCUGAGUCGAUAGGAAUUGGAGGGGACUUUGAAGGUGCUGUGAACUUUCCUCAGGGGUUAGAGGAUGUGUCCAAGUAUCCCGCCCUGAUCCAGGAACUCCUGCGAAGGAACUGGACUGAGAAUGAGUUGGCUGAUGUCCUUCGAAAUAACUUCCUGCGAGUGUUUGAGGAGGUGGAGAGGGUCCGUGAUCAGUUGACUUCGACCCGGCCCAGUGAGGUCCAGAUCUCCUUAGAAGAGGUGCAGAACCCAUGCAGGCUGGUCCUUAGACCUCCGAGCCCAAGAGGGUCCUCUCACCAGAAUCCCUCAUCCGGAGACCAGCAUGAACCAAAGGUUCUGCUAAUCCUGACCAUAGUUCUAAUGCUUUCCAGCCUACUUAUGAUCGAAUGAAUGUUUAGAAACUCUGUUCAGCUUCACCUGACCAUGUAUAAAUUAUUAUAAAAAACUAUAAAUAAGGAGGGGUUAAUGAAAUUGCUGUAUCAAUUUGUGGGCAACCCCAGGACUAAAGAUAAGGAGAGAAUCCCUUUAUAUACAAAAAAGCAUUCAAUGUGUAGCCUCAUUUGGUAGGUAAUGUAAACGCUGCCUCUUUACAUACAGUACAACUACAUUUAAAUUGACAGAACAUCAAUCCCAGGGCACUUUACUAUUCAUUUAAAAUAAAUAUAUUUAGUUUAAAUUGAAUGUGUUAUACUGGCGGCCUGUCCAGGGUGUCCCCUGCCUUCGCCCUAUGUCAGCUGGGAUAGGCUCCAGCGCCCCCGCGACCCUAAUGAGGAUAAGCGGUAUUGAAAAUGGAUGGAUGGAUGGAUGAAUGUGUUAUACCUCUGCUGACAUAAUCUCUGUGAAAAUGUAUGACAUGAGACAGAUGACGAAAACUGCUGAGAUAGCACAUUAAAGUUGUUAUUUUAUUUUUUGUUUGUGAC